AUGGGUGUGCCUGGUGUCUCCAGCUCCUCCGAAUCCUGGGCCGACUACACCGACAAGGGCAAAGGCAAGGACACUGCUGCUGCCGACCCCUGGGCCGCUGGAGCUCAGAAGCUUGCCGCGAUCGACCUCCCCGCACAGCAGCGGAAGAUGGCCGACCUCUCUGUCGACCCCAUCUCCAAUUGGCGGACAGUGCAGCACGUAAUGAAGAUGGCGGCGUGCAAGGCUCGCGACACCAUCACCUCUGUCUCUGCCUCCGAGAUCAAGCCGUUCGAGAGCCGAAAUGAAGACCCACAAAUCAUAGCAGAGGCUCGUGCACUCACACUCCGAAGCAUUGCCAGCGUGUUCUUCGGCCGCGAUAUGGACAACUUCAACGACUGGAUGGACUGGUGCGUCCCGUACAUCACAGCUGUUCUACACCGCACCCAGUUCAAUGCGCACUUCUGCCCCGAUGACCAGUACGGGCACUACGAGGAGGGCCUCGGCACGCUCGCGAGGGGUGACGGCAAGCCGAUGAUCACGGAUGAGAGGCAGCAGGUUACCGCGUUGAAGGCUACGCUCCACAGCAACAUUGCCCAGUGCAUGCUGAGCCUGGAGCUGUUUCGAAGGGCGGCCGACGCCGCCACCGAGUGCCUGAAGCUGGACGAGGCCCACGCGAAGGCGCUCCACCGCCGGAGCCAGGCGCACGAGGCCCUGCGCGAGUGGGAGGAGGCGCUGCGCGACGCGCUGAGGCUUCGGGAGCUCGGCGGCGGCGGGCUGGACCCGGAGGCCCUGGGCUCCCGCUGCGACGCUCUCUUCGAGAAGCAGGCGAAGGAGAAUCAGGCGGUCAACAAGGUCGUCAACGAGCAGGAGAAGAUGAUGAAAAUGAAGGGGCGCUUCGAGACCGCGUUCAAGAAGCACGGGCUUUACGAGGCGGACGCGGCCCCGGAGAUCGCCAGGUGGCUGGUGGCCCACGACGACCUCCCCUUCACGGUGGACAAGAUCGCCGAGAAGUGGAAGAUGAGCAAGAUCGAAGCUGAGGACAUCGCGAAGUGGAUCUCGAAGGGCAUCGAGCUCGGGGUCGUGCCCAGGCCCGAGGUGGUGAAGUAG